AAAUGUGCUAAAUAGGCUAAAGAUUCGAUAAAUAAACAAACAAACAAACAAGUUGUUUCCUCGUUCUAACGUACACCUCCUUCCACCCAACAGUUCUUGUGGUCGUGGUUGUGAUCUUCCGUUCUCAGAAAUGUCGUUCACGAAUGUCAAAUGAGGAGACAACACAGGCCCAACAGAACGUCAUGCCAGAAGAACCUGUCUACCAGUCACUCAACCCGCCAACUACGCUGGACGUCACUUACAUGGGGCUUCAACCACCGAAUCGUCGCGUCAAUGCGUCCACACAAACCCAGGAGCUCCCACCCCAGUACAGCGCCCCGGGUGAGGACCAGGCCUACCAGCCCCUGUCACGGGAAACUAUGGAGGCCUCCAGCGGGUACGCCAGUCUGCAACAACCCACCUACGAACAGGUCAGGAGUAGCGGGAAUCCUGGUGAGGACGACUACGAAAAUCCCGACCAAGGCGAACCAAGCCGAGAAGACCACCCAACCGACACCGACGAGGUCACCUUGGAUUCGCAACAGGACGAAUACUUAGAAAUCGUGGGAUGAACUUUGAUUCCAAGACAUUCAUAAUGUGCAAACGUUCAAACAGUGCACGUCAAACAUGGUGGAAGACGAAACACAUUUAUGUCAAACUGCUCUUUCUAUGAUCACGCAAGAAAAUAGCUGUUUCAUGAGGUCACCCAAUUCCAUCCAAACUUCUCAACAUUCACCGACAAAAAGAAAACAAUUCUCCUUCUAACUUCACAAAACCCACACAUAAUAGAAAAGGUGGGAUAGUUGAAAUUUGAUCUUUUGUGUCUUUAGCAUUGUACUACUGUCUAAAUCACACGUCAGAAACAAUAAACUAUGGUGGGUCAAAAACUGUGCGUCAACUUGUACUUUGUACCAACUUGAUUACAAGAAAUAUAUCUAUAGUCAUCACAGGUUGACCUGCCAACUACAUUGCUCAUGGGCUCGCAUAAUUAAACGCCUAAAACAUGUAAAAAAAACAGCCGGAGGUGAACAUCUGCUUGGAGAGAUUUAUCCUUGACCUUUGUACUUAUGGUAGAUUUUCAUUUGUCCUUUUGUGAACAACUGUUUUAAGAAGCGAGAAGAAGUUCAACCUGUACAGUAACAUACUAGAAUGUAUGAAGAAGUCUGAGCAUUUUCCGAAAGUGUUAAUAAGUUAACUGAGUGUGCUAUAAGCAGGGAAAGUUUGCCGACGAGUAAUAACCUGUGGUUGAUGUAAUUAGGCAGUGGAGUAUGUAAUGGGUGACUGUUACGGCCAUUGACCUUUCUAUUCACGGUAGAUUUUCAAUCUGUCCUUAUGUUAACAACUGUUUUAAGAGGCGAGAAGAAAUUGAGCAUGUAAAUACUAGAAUGUAUGAAGAAAUUUGAGCAUAUUCGGAAAGUGCUAAUAAGUUAACUGAGUGUCCUAUAAGCCGGGAAAGUUUGCCAAGGAGUUAUAACCUGUGGUUCAUAUAAUUAGGGCAGUGGAGUAUGUAAUGGGCGAAUGGUUCGGUCACUGACCUUUCUACUUACGGUAGAUUUGCCAUGUGUCCUUAUGUUUACAACUGUUUUAAGAAGCGAGAAGUGGAACCUGUACAUACUACAAUGUCUUAGUCAAUGUAGAUGUGGUAAGAUACCAUUUUAUUAUAUCAAAACUGUACCUUAUAGCUAUUGCUCCGACCUGUACCUAGACGACCGUCCUUGUCACGGUAGAUUACAAACCGGUCCUUCUGGUUCGUAGGACCGCCCAGAGAUUGAAGCUAACAGGAGUCUGAGGUUUAAAGAUUGUACACGAACACGUUGGAGUUUGUACAUAUUUCCGUACGUGGUGGAAUACUCAACGCCACAGUGUGACGGCAACGUCUCGGGCUGCACUCACGGCAGGUUUGUGGCAUUUGUUCCGAUCAAGUUGUGGUUUGGCAAUUCAAGGUAAAAUCAUCAUUCA